AUGGGACAUGAGAACCACACUUUUAGCAGUGACUUCAUCCUUUUGGGACUGUUCUCUUCUUCACAAACAAGUCAGGUGCUUUUCUCAUUUAUAUUUUUCAUUUUUAUUAUGACUAUAACAGAAAAUGCCCUUAUGAUCCUCCUAAUCCACAGUGAGUCUCGACUCCACACGCCAAUGUACUUCCUGCUCAGCCAUCUCUCCUUCAUGGAUAUCUUGCACAUUUCCAACAUUGUGCCUAAAAUGAUCGCUGACUAUUUGUCAGGCAGCAGAAUUAUUUCCUUUGCAGGCUGUGGCUUCCAGAUAUUUCUAUCCCUCACCUUGCUAGGUGGUGAGUGCCUUCUCCUGGCAGCCAUGUCCUAUGAUAGAUAUGUGGCCAUCUGCCACCCACUCCGUUACCCUGUGCUAAUGAGGGACAACACCAGUGGGCUCCUGGCUGCAGGUGCCUGGCUUGUAGGGAUCCUUAACUCCAUAGUCCACACAUCUCUUGCACUCCACUUUCCCUUCUGUCACUCAAGGGCCAUUGAUCACUUUUUUUGUGAAGUCCCGGCCAUGUUGAAGUUGUCCUGUGUAGACACAUCACACUAUGAACGAGGAGUUUAUGUGAGUGGCAUUAUUUUCCUGCUGAUCCCAUUUUCCGUGAUCUCCAUAUCUUAUGUGCAAAUUCUCCUCACUGUCUUCCAAAUGCAGUCAUCGGGGGCCCGGCAGAAGUCCUUAUCCACCUGCUCCUUCCACAUGGUUGUGGUCAUAAUGUACUAUGGGCCAUUCAUUUUCACAUAUAUGAGACCUCGCUCAUACCACACUCCAGGCCAGGACAAGUUCCUGGCGAUAUUCUACACCAUCUUGACACCCACCCUAAACCCCAUAAUCUACAGCUUUAGGAAUAAAGAUGUCCUCAUGGCUGUGAAAAACAUCAUCCAAAAUAAUUUUCUGAAUAAAAAAUAA